ACCUGCGACGCAGCUUGCCACAGCCAUGCGCCAGUUUGCAGCGUUGUUGUGGUCGGCUGUGUGAUAAGUUAACGUUUACUGAGUAGUUAAAUGGCAGCGAGGUGACUUUCUGCUAAAUUCAAGUUGACAAAGUGACGGGGGUGGAGCGGAGGGUGGUGGUGAGGGCAGCGGACGUGCUGAGACUGGAGCAGACCCUCUUCCUCCUUCUGUUUGACGGCUGUGAGUGUGACAGGACAGGACGGACUGCCAUGUAGCUGAGGCAGAAGAAUGAGCAGUCAGCAGCACACUCCAACAGACGGGACAGACGACCACACGGACCAGCAGGAAAAUGAACUAGAAGCUCUCGCGUCAAUCUUUGGAGAUGAUUUCCAGGAUCUACGGAACAGGGAUCCGUGGAAGGUUAAAAGGCCCCCAGAGGUGUAUCUCUGCCUGCGGCCCAACGGGCUGACCACUGGUGAGGAAUGCUACGUGACUGUGGACUUGCAGGUCAAAUGCCCACCGACAUACCCAGACGUGCCUCCGGAGCUGGAGCUGAAGAAUGCCAAAGGUCUGUCAAACGAAAACCUCCAAAACCUUCAGAGUGAACUCACCAAGCUGGCAGCAGUACGGUGUGGGGAGGUGAUGAUUUAUGAGUUAGCAGACCAUAUCCAGGGCUUCCUGAGUGAGCACAACAAGCCUCCAUCACGCUCCUUCCACGAGGAGAUGCUGAAGAACCAGCGGCGACAGCAGGAGAAACGAGCCCAGGAGGAGCAGCAGAGGAUGGACCAGCGGCGCAAGCAGAAGGAGGAGAUGGAAAAAGAGAUCAUGGCUGAAAUUCAAAGAAGAGAAGAGGAGAAACGAGAGGAAAGGAGAAGAAAAGAGCUAGCCAAACAGGAGCGACUUGAGAGCAUGGAGCAGCCAGUCCCUGCCAACUCCUCCCUGUUAGGGAAGAGCCCGCCCAGCCCAGGUGGAACUCCUUCUGAACUGACAGAAGCCAAGAAAGCAAUCGGUAACCGACGUCGGACUACCUCGAAUACACGCCACAGGCGAGAAACGGUUAAUGAAGACAACCAUCGCUCGCAGGAGCUUCUUCACUUCAACAGCAGCACUUUUGGAGAACUUGUUGUCCACAGAGGGAAAAGCUUAGGUGUGAGCGAGAGGCUCGGCCGUAACGUUUAUUAUGGAUUUGAGGCAAACUCAGGAGACUUUGCUGUGAUCUACGAGUGGUCGCUGCACUGGAACAGGAAGAUGGGCAAGUUCUUCACCAGCCAGGAGAAAGGAAAGAUUGAUAACUGCAAAAAGCAGAUCCACGGAGCAGAAAAUGAGUUAAACUCCCUCCUGCGGCUGGAUCACCCAAACAUGGUGCACUACAUGGCGCUGAGCUCUACCGAGAAGGAGGACUGCCUUGUGGUUAACCUGCUGGUGGAACAUGUGGCCGGCAUCAGCUUGAACCAAAGCCUAAUCUCCCACACUCCGGUCCCUCUGGAUAAACUGUGCCAUUACACGGCCCAGCUGCUGGCUGCUCUCGACUACCUUCACUCCAACUCUGUGGUCCACAAGCAGCUGGGGUCUUCCAGCGUGCUGGUGGACUCAGAGGGCAACAUUCGAUUGACUGAUUACAGCUUAUCAAAGAGGUUCGCGGAUAUCUGCAAAGAAGACAUUUUUGAGCAAGCCCAUGUGCGUUUCUCAGAGGACACAGUGAUGCCAACAAAAACGGGCAAAAAGGGGGACAUUUGGAACCUGGGGCUGAUGCUGCUGGCUCUGAGUCAGGGGAAGGAGGUGAAGGAGUAUCCAGUGACAGUGCCAGCCAGCCUGCCUGCUGAGUUCCAGGAUUUCCUACACAAGUGUUUGUGCCUGAAUGAUGCUGAACGCUGGACAACCCAGCAACUUUUGGACCACUCCUUCCUCAAGCCACCAUCCCCUAAAAACCUGCUGCAGUACCAGGAUGCCAGCCCAGAAGAUCUUGCUGUGGACUUUGCAUCAUCAGUCAUCCCACGGAGCCACAUCCUCAAUGCUCCAUUCAGCACAGGGGUGCAGAGGGAGUUUUCUCGCUACUUCAAUGAGUUUGAGGAACUCCAGCUUCUUGGAAAGGGAGCCUUUGGUGCUGUAAUUAAGGUUCAGAAUAAACUAGACGGUUGCUACUACGCUGUUAAGCGCAUCCAGGUCAACCCAGCCAGCAAACAGUUCAGACGGAUAAAAGGCGAGGUGACACUGCUCUCACGCCUUAACCAUGAGAAUAUCGUCCGCUACUACAACGCAUGGAUUGAGCGGCACGAGAUGCCCUCGGCGGGGCUUCUGAGCAACACUGACAGCUCUGAGCCAUGGAGCUCCGCCGACAAGCCUCCUCACUGCAAAGAGCCUCCGCGGCACCUCAAUGAGCUGGGCCUGCCUGAUGACGUGGAGGCCGUCGCACCGCCUCCGGCCCUGUCGAGCUCAGUGGAGUGGUCCACCUCCAUCGAAAGAUCCUCCAGCGCCAAGUGUAGCAGACACCAGUCAAGUGAUGAAGAGGACGAUGAUGAUGACGACGACGACGAAGAAGAUGUGUUUGGCGCUUCUUUCCUGCCAUCAGAUAGUGACUCAAGGAGUGACAUCAUCUUUGAAAACGGGGAUGAAAGCACAGACGAGAUCUCAGUGGUUGAGCCUAGCAAAAGGCCAGUGAUCAACACAAUAGAGAGCUCAGACUCUGACCGACCUCUCCUUAUAGCGCAUCGCUUGUACAUACAAAUGGAAUACUGUGAAAGGAGCACUUUAAGGGACACGAUAGAUCAAGGCCUUCACCAGGACCAGAAUCGGUUGUGGAGACUCUUCAGAGAAAUACUGGACGGCCUUGCUUACAUCCACCAGCAGGGCAUGAUUCACAGGGACUUGAAGCCUGUCAACAUCUUCCUUGACUCGCAGGACCAUGUGAAGAUUGGAGACUUUGGCCUGGCUACAGACCAUCCCGCUAAUGUGGCUGCAGGUAAAUAUGAAGUGGAGGAGAGUGGCUCAGCAGUGGUGACCAAACCAGACCCAACAGGCAACAUGACAGGCAUGGUUGGUACUGCCCUCUACGUAAGUCCGGAGGUUCAAGGAAACACCAAAGCCACCUACAACCAAAAAGUUGACCUGUUUAGCCUGGGUAUCAUCCUGUUUGAGAUGUCCUCGCCCAUGACUACUGGGGCCGAGCGCAUCACCGUCCUGGGCCAGCUGCGUGUGGAGCCCAUCAUCUUCCCUGAGGACUUCACUGCGUAUGAGCAAGGAACACAGAGGAAAGUGAUCGAGUGGCUGUUAAACCACGACCCGGCCCUGCGCCCCACCGCCCAGGAGCUGCUGAAGAGUGAACUGCUGCCUCCGCCACAGAUGGAGGAGUCAGAGCUGCAUGAGGUGCUGCAGCACACCAUGGCCAAUAUCAACGGCAAGGCCUACCGCACCAUGGUGGGUCAGCUAUUCGCCCAGAACACCUCACCGGUCAUGGAUUACACAUACGACAUAGACCUACACAAGGGCAGCUUCAGCUUCAACGCUGCCAAAUUGCAGCAGUAUGUGCAUGAAACAAUCACCCGGAUCUUCAAGAAGCAUGGUGCGGUGCGUCUCCAGACGCCGCUGCUCCUCCCCAGAAACAGGAAGUUGUAUGAUGGCAGCGAGCUGGCCUGCUUCAUGGACCACAGCGGAAUGCUGGUUACUCUACCCUAUGACCUUCGGAUGGCGUUUGCAAGAUUCAUCGCUCGCAAUAAUAUAACACAUCUGAAGAGGUAUAGCAUCGAACGCGUAUUCCGGCCCAGGAAGCUGGAUCGCGCGCACCCAAGGGAGCUUCUGGAGUGUGCCUUUGACAUCAUCACACCCGUCACUAACAGCCUGCUCCCUGAUGCCGAGACCAUUUACACCAUCUCUGAAAUAGUCCAGGAAUUCCCUGUUCUUCAGGAGAGGAACUAUAACAUUUACCUGAACCACACCAGCUUGUUGAAGGCCAUCCUGCUCCACAGCGGAGUCCCUGAGGACAAACUGAGCCAGGCCUCCAACAUACUGUGUGACGCCAUGAGCGAAAAGCUGACCAAACGUGAGGUGGAGGCAAAGUUCUGCAACUUUUCACUGUCAACCAACAGUUUGCAGACGCUGUACAAGUACAUAGAGCAGAAGGGGGAUCUGCUGGACCUGGCGCCACUGCUGACAUCACUCACCAAACAGAAGACUGCUGUCACCCAGCUGGCCAAGCAGGGCCUCAAGGACCUGGAGGAGCUCACAGUGCUGCUGCGCAAACUAGGAGUUAAACUGCAGGUGGUGGUUAACUUAGGUUUAGUGUACAAGGUGCAACAUCACUCUGGGGUCAUCUUCCAGUUUGUGGCUUUCAUCAGGAAACGCAAGCGAACUGUACCAGAUAUAGUGGCCGCUGGUGGACGCUAUGACCACUUGAUCCAGGAGUUUCGAGGGCCAGCUUCCACAGUGCCAGUGCCCACUGCAGUGGGGGCAAGUGUUGCCCUGGACAAAGUCUGUGCUGCUAUAACCAACAUGGAGGAGCCACCGUCAGUGAGCUCCUGCGAUGCGCUAGUGGUCCCAGUGGGACAUUCUUCACUCUCCAGAGCCAUCAAUGUUGUCCAGAAGCUGUGGACCCUCGGCAUCUCUGCAGACAUCGCCUAUGACGUCUCACAGUCUCAGGAUACGUUGUUGGAGCACUGCAGGACCGCUGGCAUUAACUGCAUGGCCCUGGUCUCUGACAAGGAGGGAAUCUAUGUGAAGGUCAAAUCCUUUGAGAAGGACAGACAGUCAGAGAAGCGGAUCCCUGAGUCGGACUUGGCGGACCACAUCAUUCAGAAAUGUCGGACCAAAUUCUUUGAGGAAAGAAACCUCAGAGAAAUCUCUGAAAGCAUGUCUCUUCAGAAUCCUAAAGGAUCUUUGCUCAACACCACAGGUUCUUCAGAACAGCAUGGGAGCAGCAGCGCGAUAAAUAUGAAUGUGAAUGUCAUCAGCCCGGAAAAAGUUUCCUCCAGUGCCAGACGGCGCUAUGAGACUCAGAUCCAGACCAGAUUACAGAAUCUCGGUAGCAAUUUGCAGAACAAAAGCAAUGACAUUGAGGUUCUGGCAGUGGACCUGCAGAAGGAAACACUGAUCAACUUCCUGUCUCUAGAGUUUGAUAGCGAAGAGCUGUUCAACAGCAGCGUGAAGACUCUGCUGUCUCAUCUCCCCAAGCAGCGCUACCUAAAAUCCAUCUGCGAUGAGAUCCACCAUUUCAAAAUUACAAAAAGGGUGGCUGUGGUGGUCUUGUACAGCUACAAGGACGACUACUACAAGAUCCUACUCUGAAAACCAAGGGGUUGUACUGGCCUGGGAGAGAUCCCAGUUUGCUUGAGGCUCAGAAGACUCCCAGAGACUAUUGCUGUCCUAAGAUAUAAAGAAUCUGCUUGAAGAUUGGCAGAUUCAUACCUUUUCCAUUUGGAAAGCCAGGGCCUAGAGGACAAGUGAUUUUUUUUUUUUUUUUUUUUCUGUCAAAUGGUAAUUCAGCUAUUUGACUGCAAAUCCAUAACUUUCCCAAAACUUUCCAGUGCUUUGUGAUCUUUCUCUUUCUCAGACAAAGGUGGACAAUAGGUUCACUGAACUUUAUUGCCUUAAUAGAACUAUAGAAAUUGAAAGAGGGCUUUUUACUGAAGUUAUUGUGUCAUAAAUACAACAAUUUUACAUUUGUAUUCAGCAAUGGGAUAGGUGGUAGAAAUAAAUCACUUUUUUCCCACA